AUGGUGGACGCCCGUGUUCAACACCACGUUCCCGAAGCUGAAGACGCUCGGCAUUCUGAAGCGCAUCGACAAGGGCAAGCUGCUGUUGAAGCGCCAGAUGACGCUGCAAAGUGCCGUGGCGCUGUUCUCGCCUUCUUUGGAAGAAUUGCGCCUGGCCGGGAUCGCCCUCCGACCGGAGGAAACCUGACGAAAAUCGGCAUGCUGACCAAUCUGCGCGUCUUGCAGCUUGCCGGCUGCAUCGUCGACACCAUCGGCGCCCUCCUUGCCGUCAAUUUCGAGAAACUGACGCCUCUGACGGAGCUCUCGAGCUCAAGCUCUCGCUCUUCUCAAUCCAUCGCCCGCCACCAAGAAGAUCGAGCCGCUGCCGUUCACACUGAACUGGCCAGCCUGCAGACGCUGGAACUGCACUGUGAGAUCACGGACAACGGCUUUUUCAAGCGCUGCAUCGAGGCGUUUUUCCCGAAGAAUCCAGUGCUCCUCCGCCUCAACGGCUUCACCUGCCGACUGCCCGACCCGAAGAAGCUCGACGUGGCCUACAAAUCUCAGAUUUCCGCCGGGACAAAGUACAAUCGGAAUACGAUCCUGUAUUUGCUGAGAGAUUCGACCACCGCCAACGGCCCGGCCCCAGCUACCCCGAGCAAAUUGCCGGCAACUAUGAGCAACAUCGCUGGCGCCCAUAUCUCUCUCAGGACUAUGGCGCCACCUCCCCCACCACACAACAAACGAAUCGCUGGAGUGGCGUCCCGGACACCGCCAAAGGAAACUACGCCAAACGCCCCUCCCCACCACCUUAUUACGCAGUUUCCAGUUCGUACGCCUACCAGGGAGACGGCCGGGGGAAUUAUUCACGCGCACAACACGCCGCACAACAGCCCGCGAUGGGAUCAGAAGCACCAUCAAGACGCGGCGAACGACAACCAGCACCACCAACGAGCAAUCGACCACCGGCACCCACCUACUAUGACGCAUUCAACGCAUGGUUCGCGUACUCGGGCGGAGGAGCGUUUGGAGCAAGACCAAAUGUCCAGGCCGCUUUCAUUGGAGGGAUGCGCCCACCCGCUUCUCCUAAACCCAACGCCCGGACGCGUGCUCCGCUCAAUCAACCGCCAGCCGUCCGCGCCGCAAAUCACGACUUCCAACGUCAUUCUGCAUUCCCCAACCAGGCAUCUUGGUCCCGCGCAUCCCCCUAUGCCACUACCGAUUUCGCAGCACCAAUCGACCCCGCCACAGCACAACAUCAUCAACAACAACCCCACGUCUUCCCCCUCCCGCCGCCUUCAGGACAGCCAAUUUAUUCAGACGCCCCGUAUUUCGCUGGACAGUUUCGUCCGUCUCAGGCACAGCCAGCAAGAGCCCCGGACAGCUGGUUCUCCCAUUUCUAACAACCCCCAGCAACGCCUCUCACUGCGCGCCAAGAAGCGCCAGCAACGCCGAGCCGUUCAGUCGGAAUACGUGGAUGCUCCGUUAAAUGCUUUCCCUCCGACAUGGCGUCCAAUUCCGAUUCAUCGUGAAGCGCCUCCCCCACCAUCAGCGGCCACAGCUCAACGAAACCCCUCCUACCUCUCGGCCACACUUUUACAUAAAGACACGCUGAGAACAAGCCCGCGGGUAUCGUCUCGGCUC